GGAGGAGGAGGAUGGUGAUGGGCGGGCUGGAGGCGUUGCUCAUGCCCUCCUCCUCCUGUAGGGCCCGCAGACAGUGUGAACUUGAACACUGACGGGCACAGCACUCAACGACAGUCGAGUCACACAUCACUGCCGUUGUAUGAGAUUUCUAGUGUCCGCUUAGUUCUGGUGUAGUUUUAGAAGAUCUUCUCUCACUAUGUCCAGACGUAAACUCGGCAGCAGACCGCAACACCUGAGCGCAAUGCAAGACGCUCCGGAUUCCACAGUCAUCCCCGCCGACUCUUCGCCGUCACCUGAGCAGAUCCCUCAGCCGGAUGAUGGAGGCCGUGACCUGUUGACAUGUGGCCAGUGUGGUCAAGCCUUCCCAUUGGCCCACAUCCUCACCUUCAUCCAGCACAAACAGGGCGGGUGCGGCACAGCCAGAGCCCGGCCUCAGGUCCACACUCCUCCCUCUCCGGCCAAUCGGACGCACCGAUUCGGCCAAGGAACGCAGGUGGAGGCGGGUUACGUGGAGCUCCGGCGUAUGACGGACAAGAGAUGGAAGGAAGAGCCAGGUGUGAGGGUGGAGGCCAACCGAGCCGAGCCCUCCAUUUUCACCUGCCAGGUGUGUCAAUGUGUGUUCUCCAGCGCAUGGACUCUCCUCCAGCAUGCUCAGAACACACAUUCUCUCAACAUCUACCAGGUGGAGGACGACAGCAUCGCACAGACGUCAAAACCGGCAGCCAUCAUGGAUCCACGUCACCUGGGCGCCACACUGGCCUCUGCAUUCCAGCCGUCCUCUCGGCGAUCUGCCCCCCUUCACAAGCCUCCCCACGGCUCCAGCAUUGCACCACGUGACCUGCAGGGCCUGAACUUCUCCAUGUGUUUGCAGCGCCUGGCGGAGGUUAGCUGCAACAACGGCGGAGUAGUACCUUCCCCGUCCCCAUCUCCACCAGCCGCUUCACCUUUUCCCCACUCAACUCUGCCACUUCACAAAGCCUUCUCCUGCGAGCUGUGCGGCCAGGGUUUUCAGUCUAUGCGCAGCUUGUCCGCCCACCGCCGCACUCACGCCUGUGAUAGGCCCUACCACUGCGGCGUGUGCCAGCUCACGUUCUCCCAGAGUGGCGAACUGGCACGACACAUGAGGAGUCACCGCCACCCUGCUGCUGGACAGGAAACUGAUCCCAACUCUGCCAGUGCAGAUGAGGACGGAAAACUUGCUGGACAGGGAGAUAAUGAAAUUUCCUUUGGUCACGGAGCAAGUACAGAUGCUGGGAAGCCUCCAGGAGGUACUAGCCUGAUCUUGAUGUCUUCGCAGUCCAAUCUCAAUCUGCUGCGCUACUACCAAGCUCCGAGAGAAGCCGAUGAGGAGGGUCAAGGUGAACCGCAGCAGCCAUCUCCCUAUGGCAGCCCCUCAGAGGGCUCUCUGGAGAGCGGAGAUACAGGUGGAAGCGGCGAGAGUGGGAUCGCCAGCGGCAACUGCACACCAAAGCGUCCAGAGCGGGAAGAUCAUCCUCAAGGCGAAUGGGAGCGUGAGGUGGAGGCUGUGGAGAUGCUCCGGGACUGGCAGCAGGAGAACGAAAGGAGGCAGGUCACCAGCGGAGGGGGCAAGAAGAAAAAAGAAGAGGCUUGCGAGUUCUGCGGAAAGUUUUUCCGCAACAGCAGCAACCUGACAGUCCACCGGCGCAGCCACACGGGUGAAAGACCGUACCGCUGCGGCCUCUGCAGCUAUGCCUGCGCACAAAGCAGCAAACUCACACGCCACAUGAAAACACACGGCGCCCGUGGGACACGUGCUCCUUUUCAGUGCCAGCUAUGCUCCGUUCCGUUCACCGUCUAUGCCACGCUGGAGAAACACCUCAAGAAGGUCCAUGGACUCACUCACGCCAGUGCCGGUGCCUACAGCCAGGGCCCGCUUACUGAUUACAACGGCCUCAACAUCGAAUUGGAGGACGACUCUGUCAGUGAUCAAUCAGGAGCUCCCAUCACAAUGCUCACAGAAUCCAAUGCGGACCUAUCAGAGCAGCUCAGAGAGGAGGACGCUGAGAUGAGGGUCAGCGCUGAUGAGCCACCUACCUCUGAGGAAACGGGCAGCACUGUGGCAUUAGGUCAAACCACAGUGUAAACAUAGCAUACGACUGAUCAUGA